ACCGUCUCUCUUUUUGUGGGACGGAUUAAACCUCCUCCAACGGCAGCUUUCGAGGCAACAAGACACUGGUGGGAGUUCUGUUCACAUUUCGUCAGGGCUGUGCCAAGAGAGGAACGAGGAGAGAAGUGAUUUCCUAAUAGUGCGCUGGCUUACAGAAAUCAGAGGCUUCAUGGAUGAAGACAGCCACCUGCGUUCAGAAGGCGACGUGCCAUCAUCUGUCCUCAUUGGUCAGGUGUUGCUGGGUCUCAAGGAUGUUGUCGUCAUCAUAAUGUCACGGGUCCGUGAGAGAGUUAUACAAGGCUUCACUGUCUUCUCUUUCGUUUUUCUGCUCCUCUGGCUCGCCGCCUUUUUAUACGGGAGUUUUUACUACUCAUUCAUGCCCAAGGCGACUUUCUCUGCCCCCGUGCACUAUUACUACAGGACAGACUGUGAAUCUUCCACCUCUUUUUCAUGCUCGUAUCCAGUGGCCAACAUCUCUCUGAUGAGAAAUAAGAAGCACGUGCUGACAUUCGGUCAGGCCUAUCAGAUCUCUUUGCAGCUGGAGAUGCCUGAUUCCCCGACCAAUCAGGAGCUGGGGAUGUUUAUGAUCAAAACAACCUGUUUCUCCCAGGAUGGAGGGCAAGUUGCCUCCUCUGCUCGCUUUACGAGACAACUGCUGUCCGCCUCCAGCUCUCGCUUUAGCAUGCUGCGAUACCGUUCAGACCUGCUGAGGACCCUGAGGACGCUGCUGUUCCUCCCGGCCUUUCUCAGCGGUGCUGCCGAGCAGCAACAGUUGCUGGAUGUGGAGCUCUUCUCAGACUACACAGAUGACCCCUACUCCCCCUCGGCCACGGCUGUGAUUGAGAUUAUGUCCAACAGGGUACAGAUCUACUCAUCUCAGCUUUACGUUCACGCUCAUUUCACAGGAAUAAGAUACUUGCUGUUCUACUUCCCCGUCUUGUCAGCAGUGGUGGGAGUGUCCAGUAACUUCAUCUUCCUCAGCGUCCUCUUCGUCCUCAGCUACAUGAGGCUGCUGUUGAGGAAGACUAUGGAACCGGAGCAGCUCAGAAGAACAGGAAGACUGCAAGAAAUGAGGGAGAACUUGACAAACCAGCAAGAGGAUGAGAAAGAUUUUGCAGCAGAAACAAAUUCUUUAACAGGUAUCACAGAGCAGCCGGAUCCCCUCCAUACAAACUCCACAUAUCUGAGCCAGACGGAGCCACGCUUGCAAUUUGGCAGCAGCACAGAGCCGCAGAACAUAAAUACACUUAGUCAGGAUGAAAUAGAUGAAGCAGAGGCAGACUGAGGGAAUUAAUAAAAAAGAGAGAGAAAGUGCUGGGAGUGGUCCUCAUAGUAAGGAUAAAGAUUUAAGCCUGACUGAUAUAUGGCUGGUGUAUUGUAUCCUGUCUCAUGUGUUGUCUUUGACUUUAUGACCCUUUGAACCCACAUUAUUUUCCAUUUUUAUUCUCACUGAAUAAAGUGUUGUGUUGAAUCUAUAAUUAAUAUGAUAAUUCAUAUGAUAUAGAGUAGCUACUAUAAGUAGAAGAAUUCUGUAAAAGCAACAAAUAAACUAAAGUGUUAUGAUAAAGAACAGCAGGUUGAAAUGACUUUUCUUGAGAAAAAAAAGAUCAGAGCUUCACAUUUUACAUCAUAUAAUAUGGAUAUUUAUGUUAUUUAUGCACUUUGAUCCUCAAUAAACAUCAUAAUGCUAAUA